AUGGAAGACUUCAACGCCUCGCUAGGUCCGGCAGUUUGCCGAAUCUGCAUGUGCGGUGAGACUUCGAUUCCCUAUCUUGGAAAACAGGCAGGCGAGCCGCUCAUUUCACCAUGCAGAUGCUCUGGAACGAUGGGUCUGUUCCAUCGCAGUUGUCUUGAACACUGGCUCACAAUGACGAGAACGACGAAUUGUGAAAUCUGCAAGUUCUCCUUCAAAAUAAAACAAAAACCGCGCAAUUUCAAGGACUACAUCCGUCAGAAAGGCUACAAAAAGAUUCGAACUGAACCAAACAAUCGGAACCCGUUCGUGGAUAUUUCAUUCAUUCUGGUUAUCACUCCUCUUGCCUUUGUUGCACUGUAUCUAUGUGUGCAAGGAGCUGCACUUGCUGGACAGAAAUAUCAUUUUGCGUUCGAGAAUCGGGACCAUGAUCAAAAUGUUCGAAAUUUGGAAAUUCGAAACGAAACCUCAAUGGAGUUUGCACUGUUCGUUUUCGUCGCUAUUGUGCUAUUUUUUGCUUACUCCGCUUUUCUGGUGGUGACGGCUGGAAGUCACGUAUCACAGUACAAGAGGUGGCAAGCGAAGAAUAUGAUAAUGUUUGUCGUCGACCAAUUGGAUGCUGAACAGUCGCUGCAUUAUAAUCCACAGUGGAAUAAGAUGGAUCAUGGUUGGAAAUCGAAACUCUCGAGAUUAUGGAGAAAGCUUCGUGGGAAGCCGACCAGAGUAAUCUACCCCGAAAUCGCUCGAAAUGACACUAUUCCUAUUGAACCAAUAAUCGGAAUAUCUCCAAUUCUCGUAGCCAACUUCAAUCAAACUUCACCCGACAGCGACAACACUCAUAAUCAUGAUGCUUCACGUAACGCCAUUCCUUUCGGAGUGAGAACACCUGAGCAAGCUGUAAGUCGAUUUCAAAAGAAAAACGUCUUCAAUUUUCAACCACAGUUCCAAGUUAGUUUGGCAUCAACACCACAAAUGUACGCUGAGAAACCUGAAAAGUUGUCACUUUCGCCAAUUGGGCUGGACGAUCUAUUCGCGGAAUCGAAAUCGGUACAUAGAGUUUCAUCCGUUUCCUCGGCUAGGAAUGACAUGAAAAAGACACAAUCGGUCUACUCAGUGUGCUCUUCGUUCGGUACAGGCGUCAUGUCAUGCUCAACCCCAGUGACUGGAUGGAACCUACGGCCUCUAGCUCAUGCAUCGAACUCUGUUUCAACGUUCAAGUCUAACUUAUCUGCUGAAGAAGUGCAGUUAGGAGAUAUUCAUAAUGAUUCGGAGCAAACGGUGACCGCUGAGCUUAUGGAAUCGUCACCGUCAUCUGUCGAGUCCCAACGAGGCCGAUUUCAUGUGGAGAAACUUGAUACGCCACUGCUAGAAGACUCACCCUCAAGAUUUUGA